CCUGGGUUUUCUCCCAGCCUGUCUCUCUCUCUCUCUCUCUCUGCAUUUGCUCUGCAGGUUGGUUCCUCUCUGGGAUUUGUUUCCUCUGAUGGAUUCGGGCGACUGAGAUUGAUGGCUUUAAAAAAAGGACUGGUAUUGAUGACACACUUGUGAAGCUCAGGGAAAAUUGUGAGCCUGGCAAGAGACUGGGGGAGGGAAACCUUCAACCAUUUUCUUCUGCUGUUGCCGUUUGGGGCAUCAGCCUGGGCUGGUUCCAAGCCAGGAGGGCAGCAGCUGAGCAGAGGAAGUGUUGCACUUUCUGGCCAAACCUGUGAAUUUGUGAAGCCUGGGCUUGGUUUUGGAUCAGGAAAAGCCGAGUGUUGGUGACAGAUUGAGAGAGAAGGAGUAAAGCACAGCAUUGUGUUUUCUUCCACAGCCCAGUGGAACAAAGGGAUCUGUGGUGAAAUCCCUCCUGUGAACUGCACAACAAAAGCUGCCAUCCCCAUUCCAGGUGCUCCUUCCCACUGGCAAACAGCCUAAGGAGGAACUGUUUAUAGAUCUCCUUCUGGCAGCUGGAUGAGAAGGGAAUGCCACGGCAAAGGAGGGAUUACCGAGUUGUAUCCAGAGGGAACAGCAGUGCUGUGUGUUACACAUAUCACCACUGCAACAGGUGGCCCUUCCCAAACAAAGACAAGCAGUCAGGAUACAUUCCUUGAAGAGUUGGGCCUAACAAACAAUAUGGCAGCGCACGGGCGAGAAGAAAUCUUGCAGAAUGCUGCUGCUGAGCUCCCAGGGCACAAUACGUGUGGUUGUGCAGGAUGUGGCUGUUCCUGCAGGGACCACGUGCUCCCUGCCCCACUGCCUCCAGAGCUCCCUGACUUCUGGGGGGCUCCUGAAUCCCGUUUUGCCUCCAGCACGGAAGUUAUCCUGGUUUUUCAAAGAUGCUCAUCCCCUGCAACAUGGAUUUUGAGUGCUGAGAGCUGGACACUUUUAAGGAGUGGUUUUUUCCUCCAAAAAAUCGAGCCCCAAACCUUGCAAAUGACAGCAGAGAAACCCUGCCUGGGGCCACAAACCCGUAGAUCCGAACUUGUGGUCAUAUUCCACACAAGCUUGUAUCUAUAGGUAUGUGUCUGUCUGGCAAGUGCACAGGGUUGUGUUGCU